AUGGGCAGAGAGAGCUGGGUAGAGAUAGGCCGUCGCCUCAAGAAGGCAGUGAAGAAAUUCAAACUUUUGCUUACCUGUAACGUGAGGCUAUGGUGCUUGCGUUCGACUGUCGGUAGAUCUUCCUAUAGCCGCCGGUUAAGCUUUGACGACCGGCUGGGCUUGCGUGGAUGCAUCGAGGAUGACAAAUUGGAUGGAGAUCGAUAUCAUUUGGUGCCGACUGGGAUUCAACGAGCGAGGAGUUUUGCUUCGGAUGAUGAUAUUGAUAAGAGGGCCGAGAUUUUCAUUGCGAAUUUCCGUCGGCAGCUUCGUCUUGAAAGACAGGUUUCUUUGGAGCUAAGUUACAGUAGAUCUAGAGGGAGUAGUUUCAAAGGCGACAAAGAGAAUUAG